UCACAUUCGAGAGAGACGUGUAGCGCAGCAAGAGCAUCUUCCAACAUGGCGUCUGUAUCCUCGGGAUUCCCUUUCAACCUGCCGGUUGCAUCUCUGUUGCUGAUCCUGCUGCUAUGCCUGCAUUCGGGGGGAGGCCAGAAGAAGAAAGAGAACAUGUUGGUGGAGAAGGUGGAUCAGAUGAUGGAGUGGAGCUCCAGGCGUUCCGUGAUCCGGAUGAACGGCGAUAAGUUCCGGAGGUUCGUCAAGGCCCCGCCCCGGAACUACUCGGUCAUCGUGAUGUUCACUGCGCUGCAGCCACAGAGGCAGUGCUCCGUCUGCAGAACCCUUCACACGGAGAACCCCUCACACGGAGAACCCCUCACACGGAGAACCCCUCACAUGGAGAACCCCUCACACGGAGAACCACUCACACAGAGAACCCUUCACACGGAGAACCCCUCACACGGAGAACCGUUCACACGGAGAACCCAGCCGUUCGCUUCAUUGAAUAAAGAUGAUGCCGACCAGGGAAUAAUCAUGUGUAUUACGGAAAUAGAGGAAGUUAAUUUAAUCCACACUGACCUUUCCCACUCCCAUCAUCCUCUCUGUUUCCCCGUGACCCAUAAUGCUUUUUUAAUCAUCUGCUGUCGACUCAAAUCACUUAAUUAUUUAUCUCUCUCUCUCUCUCUCUGUUCCUGUUGUUUUUUGUUUUUCCCCUCUCCCUCUCUUCCUGCUCUCAACGACGGCAGGGCCAACCUCCACGUAUGCAUUUAUAUAUCCAUUCAUAUUAAAAUGAUUCAUCUUAACCAGGAAACAAGGUUUCCUUUCAAUUUGAGGAUGUCACUCCGAAGCGCAUUAGUUAAUGUCACGCGCCAGCUCUCUCUGCUUCGCAAUUGGAACGGACCAUUUGCAUAAACGAUACCAUCGCGUCGCUAUUCAGCGGGCGCCCAAGACACAUUUUGGGUUGUGACCCCCCUCCCCCCCCGCCAGCGUUCAAAGUACAGACGGGCACCGGGAGGGACUGCUAAUCGCCGGGGUCCUCGCACUGCCAUCACUCUUUCUUUCAUUCUUCUCUCUCUCUUUUCUUUACCACUCUCUCUUUGUUCGUUUCCUUCUCUCCGUCUCAGUUCCUCUCUCUCUCUCUCUCCCUCCAAUGACGGUACCAUUUAAAGUGCACUGUGCUGAAAGCUACUAAUUGUUUACAGACUUUAAUCACCAAAAGAGCCACCAAACACAACGCUCUCUGAAGAGACACACUACGUAGAGCAGCGCAGAGCGCGCAACACCCCACACCAUAUCACUUAUGGAGGAGCAUGAAUAGUACAUGAAGUCAAUGCAACAUUGAUGCAAGUCGACAUGCAAUUUAUGGCACUUGUGUUUAAUUCCCAACAGAAACGAGUGUUUUGCUACUUGUUUUAUUCAUGAUUUUCUGUUGUCCCGUUUGUUAAUUCAUGUACUGUAACGUGUGGCAGAGGACAUUAAAGUUGUCAGAGGACAUUAACGUUGUGGCCAGACGUUGGCGCUGCGACUUUACGAAGCCAUCUGGAGUAAACAUGCUUUUAUGAGGUUAUUUGAGCUCUAAAUGGGAAGCUUCAAGACUUCCACAGGCCCAAACUCUCUUUCCACUAGUUUUAAGUUGACUUUUAACUAGGGCUGCAUAAUUCCUGGAACUUUCAAUACAUUCCCUGGUGUUUCCGGUAUCCCUCUUGGAGAAUUCCCAGAAACAGGAGGGAAUAUAAAAUCCAGAAUCAUCCAACAAGGAUUUCUGGAGAACCGGUGAAUUUAUUGAGCGUUUCAGGGAUUUUGUAACCCUACUUUCAACUCUAUUACGUCACAUUAUAUAGAGAAGUUUGCUGUACAUUCAUUUCCAUCUUCUUAUCCACCACUGUGACAGAGCUGGCGGGCCCACCGCUGUCUGUAUUUACCCGUGACAGGUUGAGUGGCUAUGGCUCAAUUUGCAAAAUGUCUGCCGUAAUUUCCCCUCUAAUUGGCCCGUUUUAUUUAUUUGUUGUUAUGGUUUCCCCUGUCAUGCCAGUGUGGGGGAACUGCGACGGGCAUAAGAAGUGGCAGCAGCGCCAGAGUUAAAAGGAAAGCGAUGGGUAGAGACGGUGGUUCGUCGGGAUGUUUUCCUCGUCUGUCCAGGACAGGAUAGAGCAGCAGUAAUUACAGCUGUAGCGACAUUCUUCUCACGGCGUCGUUAUCCUUCUCUCUCUGGGGAGGAACAUGUGGCAUGAGUAUCUCUCUCUCUCUCUCGUCCGUCUCUUACUCAAGCCAACGUGGCCAUGAUCAUCACCAGCAUUUACUCAUCUGUUUCUUCUUCCCUCUUUCUCUCCCUCUCUUGUUCAAUUUCCCUUUUUGCCUUCGUUUCUGCCCCUCUGUCUUCCUCUCCUCUUUUCCACUCUAUUUUCUCCCCCGUUCCCCCUCUCUCUC